UUUUUUCACUGUCGGAGGAAUCACAACGACUUUCAACUAUAGUUUUCGACUAGGUCGUUUCUAGACCAAGGUCCUUUACCUCAGAUUUGUACAUUUUACUCUUCUCCACCAUCCCUGGAAGUUCGUAACAUCGUCACGGAACUGCCAUGUACAUUUGUACUAUUCCAUAUUUGUUCACAAACAAUUUCGCCAAUCGUUCGGUUCGCCUUGUAACUUGACAAGUAUAUUAAUAUUUGAGUAUUACCGUCGCUUAAGGAGCCAUUGCAGAUGGUUCCAUCUGCCUCUAUCACUAACUCAUUUUUUGGAAGAUAAGUUACGAAUGCUGGCCUCAGAAGGAUUUACUCCGUUUUGAUUUUGGACUUAAAUAUCCGUUACAAGAUGACUGGCCAGCAUAAAAUUGAUAGUGUGUGUUGUGAACGCACAAAUUUAACAGGUAUUUAUUGCAUGCACGAUGACUCGCCAGCAUAAAAUUGAUACUGUGUGUUGUGAACCCACAAGUUUAACAGGUAUUUAUUGCAUGCACAGACAGAUCGUUGCGUUUGGAUAGGGGUCAGAGCCAGCUAGGUUGUUUCCACAGGCAAGUUGACUUGCCGGCUCCGUCGUUCAGGGAUGCUUGCGCAAGUUUCAUAUUUGUGGGAAUGCGGUUUACACUAUGGUACGACGCAGUCCGCUGGAAGCUACGAAACAAUUACGGAAGGUAACAAAAAUAUUGUCGUUGAGAAACAGGAGAGUGCGUUGAUUGUGUAUCUUACUGGAAUAUCUAAUUAUUUAUGACAAUUUAUUGAGGAAAGACCGUGAUGAUAAGACUAUUGCUUGUGAAAUAAAGUCUCUGACACAUCACAUGACAGUUGAUUGGAAGUGGAGCAAGUGGGAAGGGCCGAGUGUUAUAGAAGUGCAGUGUAAAUAUAUAUAUAUAUAUAUAAUCAAUUGUUAUUUUCUUUACAAAUUCGAAAUGAUUGGGUGUAUGUUCAAUAUUGAUGCUGGUUACUUGGAAGGCCUGUGUAGAGGGUUCAAAUGUGGAAUUUUGAAACAGGCAGAUUACUUGAACUUAGUGCAAUGUGAAACUCUUGAAGAUCUGAAGUUGCAUCUUCAGGGCACAGAUUAUGGAAGCUUCUUAGCAAAUGAACCAAGUCCACUCCAAGUGUCUGUCAUCGAUGAUAAGCUUAGGGAAAAAUUGGUUAUCGAAUUUCAGCACAUGAGACAUCAUGCAGUUGAACCAUUGUCCACUUUUCUGGACUAUAUUACGUACAGCUACAUGAUAGAUAACAUCAUUCUUCUUAUCACUGGAACCUUACACCAGCGACCAAUAUCAGAAUUGAUCCCAAAGUGUCACCCACUCGGGAGUUUCGAACAGAUGGAGGCUAUUCAUGUUGCUGCAACACCUGCAGAACUAUACAGUGCAGUCUUGGUUGACACACCACUAGCUCCGUUCUUUGUGGACUGCAUCAGUGAACAAGAUCUUGAUGAAAUGAAUAUAGAAAUAAUACGAAACACCCUGUACAAGGCAUACUUAGAAGCAUUCUACUCUUUCUGCAAAGAACUUGGUGGUACAACAGCUGACACUAUGUGUGAAAUUCUUGCUUUUGAAGCAGAUAGACGAGCAAUUAUUAUUACAAUAAAUUCAUUUGGCACUGAAUUAACAAAGGAUGAUCGUGCCAAACUGUAUCCUCGUUGUGGGAAGCUACAUCCUGAUGGUCUAGCUGCUUUGGCACGUGCAGAUGACUAUGAACAAGUAAAAGCUGUAGCUGAAUACUAUGCUGAAUACAGUGCUUUAUUUGAAGGUGCAGGGAACAACCCAGGAGAAAAAACACUGGAGGACAAAUUCUUUGAACAUGAGGUACGAUUGAAUGUGAAUGCAUUUUUACAACAGUUCCACUUUGGUGUGUUCUAUUCGUACUUGAAACUGAAGGAACAGGAAUGUCGUAACAUUGUAUGGAUUGCAGAAUGUGUUGCCCAGAAACACAGGGCAAAAAUUGAUAACUACAUUCCAAUAUUCUGAGACAAUUUCCACUACUGUAAUAUAUUUAAAAGUUAUGUGCUGAAGACCAGUGAUAUGUCUUCACUUAGUGUGUAAAAACAAAACCUGAUUCUUCGUUGCAUGUGUCACUCUUUUUAUUUGGUAACUCAUUAAAUUAUGCAAUAAAAAAGCGUGCAUAAAGUACACCAUGAAUUUGUAAAUAGAAUUGUCAUAUUGUUUCCCACAUCCUUUCACAGUAAAGUAUUAUGGGCUGGGGUAUAUAAGGGCAAUAGGUGUAACAAUGGUUUGGUGGAAGUAUAGUGUGUACAGGAUAAUGAUUGUAUAAAAGUAUUAAAAUUGAAAGAAUAUACAUUCUUCAAAUGUUGUAGUGUUUGUAUUUUUUGCCUUCAAUAAUAAUCAUACACUGUCAUUUAGAGGAGCUAUUUCAGUGUCUUAAAUUAGAACAACUUCCAUGUACAUAUUUUGGCAUGUGUUCAGUAUUAAUAUAUAUUGAUUUAUACCAUAGAAGACAUGUUUUUAAGCACAGUAUGUAAAGCUGACAUUGUUAAAAAAUACUAAUUGUUGUAUUAAAUAUUCAUUGUGACCCCAAAUUUUGUACAUAUAGGAUAGUGGUUUACGUAGCAAAAAAUGUGACUGCAGAAAAUUUUAUUGUGAUGUAAUAUUUUGUUUCCCAGUCCGUGUUGUACAUUCCUGUUAUUACAGACGCAUGUGUCACAUACCUAUACAUCAUGUAAUAUUUGUGUGUGUGUGUGUGUGUGUGUGUGUGUGUGUGUGUGUUAAAGCCACAGAUUGUACAAACUAUGUAUUAUUCAAGAAAUACAGUUUUCUUCACAAAUCA